AAUUCAUAUUUCAUGGGUUUUUUUUUUUUUUUGGUCUAUCCCUCGAUUUAAGUGGGCAAAUGUUUUGCUCCAACAAUGAAACUCUUCGAUGGUUGCUCGGCAAAGUUCCUCGAGGAGAACCACCUUCGACAGGAAACACUUUCCGUCAUUUUUAAUUAUGCCUAAUUUUCCAAAUCGACGUCAUGUAACUUGAUUCAAAGCCAGUUCAAGACCGGCUCGUCUAUUCUUGUACCACGUAUCGUUGAAUUUCCCCUCCGCCUGAUUUCUUAAUUUAUUUUCGCAAGUCACCUGAUUUGAACCAAUUUUUAUUUCGCUCAAAAACGAAUCUCAUUUGCAUCUGCAAAAAUAGGCUUCAGAACAUGUCAAAAGUUAUGGAAAAUUCAUCACGGAGAGUCGGAGAUUGUCCGAUGUAACCACGCGACCACUAGGCGGCCCCAAAGUGCAAUUAACAGUCAACAGAGGCCGAAUUUUUGGGGUUUUGUUUUUUUUUAAAGACACGUGUUCGUUUUUGUGUUUGUUUUUGGGAUGUAUGAGUGAGGAAGAAAAAAAUGAACGACUAGUUAGUAUCUUACAUGUAUUUUGUAACCAUACUUGCAUAUUUUCAGAUAGUUUCAAGACAUAACUGUCGGGUUACAUUAUUUACAAGAAGAGAAUGCUUGACAUUUUCUUGUUUGUUUCGUUUAAUAAUUUCGUUUCCAUUUUUUAAUGUCAUAGCAAGUGAUUUUAUGCGGUCCCGGAUGGGGAAUAUCUUGCUUCUCCCGAUCUGUGGCCAAUGGUCCUGUUUUGAGGAUGAGGGAAAUCAUAACAAUAAUAAUAAUAAUGUCACUUGCCUCCAGGUCACCAUUGCAGAUGACAAACUGAAUGAAUGAUGAAAUGAAAUGAAAUGAAAUGAAGACUUGAGUUUUACAAUUAUUGAAAAAAUAUUGUCAGAUAAUGUUGUAAUCAAGCGUUAAUUGACAGCUAUUAAUUACAAUGGGCUGUUUUUACAUCGUUUAAUGACAGUUUUCUUACUGUUGUUGUUUAAUGAAAGACGCUUUUGGUGAAGAAAUAUCAAGCGGCAUCAUUUUGAUGAACCGUACAACCAUAUUUGCUUCUGGGAAAAGUCACACUACGAAGCAAACAAGAACGAUUACGAUUUAAUGACAGAUACGCAGGCAAGAAGCGCGCCGCGAGCGACCGGACGCAGCUCAUGUUGACCAUCAGCGCUUUUUUGUUUGUCAUCCACUCCACCGUCAACUGUGUCAGGCGUCCUCACGAUUGCGACACGCAAGGCGGACUGCGACACAGGCCAUGUUUACAUGGGGAGUACGUUGCCUCAAAACGCCCAAUUCGACCUCCAACGUGUCGUCCUUUGCCCCCCACCUCAUCUUUGUCUUCUACCUCAAAUGCAAAGUCCUGCAACGUCGCCUUCUACUGGCACUUCAGUGAGUUCGGUCAUCUGAAUUUCGCGGACGACCUGCACGAAAACCGAAAUUCACAACCACCAGGCAUGUGCUCACGCAGCGACUACCUGGUGCUCGAGCACCUGCCCGUUUGCCCUGAACCGCAGAAAGUACCCGUUUUCUUUUUCAUUCGUCAGUAUUUAUAAGAAAGGUUGCAAUCUGUGUCACCAAUUUUUACGCGAGGUAUUUUGAAACCUGGAGAGCAUUUAUUUGAGUCCUUGAGAGAACUGCAAACAUGCUGGCGGCUUCCCCGCAGAAACCCCUCCUUCAUGCGAACUGGGGACUGUUGACCUUUUAUAUCCACCGUGGUCUCCCUUGACCUAUCUUUGUUGCUCGCGUCAACAGAAAUGAACGUAGCGUACAUAAAAAAAAAAAAAAAAACGUACAUUUAUUGUGUGACGCUUGCGUUUGCGAUGGGUGCUCUUUUUCGGGUUUGCGCACCUGGCCCCAAAAAUGUCACCAAAGGCGUUGAAGAAUUAUUUUCAAGCUUUCCGCUACAUGAUACGUGUUGCGGUUACAUCACCAAAGUGGAUUUCGCUCCCAAUGUCCCAACAGCCGUGUGACCGAGUGACCCCCCGGUCCACAGUGCCGCUGAGGCGUGGCCCCGGGAAGCCGCGUCCGAUUGGUCCUCCCGCCGUCUCUCCCCGGUACCUUUUUGGAGGCCCGCGAAGAGCGAGCCCCCCCCGCAGCUCAGCGCGCCAGAGUCCCACCAUGCCUCGCUUUACCGUCCACGUCCGAGACGAGUGGCUGGCGGUGCCGUGCCGGGACAGCUCGUCCACCGUGCGCUGGCUGGGCCAGGAGGCCCUCAAACGCUACAUGAAGAACAAGCCGGACAACGGGGGCAUCGGGGCGCUCGAGGACACCCGCUUUGCGGUGCGCAGGUGCCAGGGGCUCGGCCUGCUGGACGCCGACGACACCGUCGACGACGUCCUGGAGGACAACGACUUCGUGGAACUGGCCAUCGAAGGAGACACCAUGUGUCCGGACUUCAUCCCGUGCGGGCCCGGAGUUUCCAAUCUCACGGCGGCUUACAGAGAACCCGGAGAAUCGAUUUGUUUGGACGGCAACAGCCUGACCUCGACGGACUUGGUGGACUUGGGCAGAGGCCUCUACAAGAUAACGCUGACCUCCGAGGCGGAGAGGAAAGUUGUGCAAUCCAGAGAACUUUUGGACACCAUCGUCAAGGAAAACAAAGUGGUCUACGGGAUCACGACCGGUUUCGGCAAAUUCGCUCGGACCGUCAUUCCUGUCAGCAAACUCAAAGAGCUGCAGGAGAACCUGGUGCGCUCACACUCGGCAGGUUUGGGCAACCCGCUGAGCCCGGAGAGGACCCGCAUGCUGCUGGCUCUGAGGAUCAACGUUCUGGCCAAAGGGCACAGCGGCAUCUCUCUGGAGACCCUUCACGCCAUGAUCCAGGCCUUCAACGCUUCCUGCCUGUCGUUCGUCCCCGAGAAGGGCACGGUGGGUGCCAGCGGAGACCUGGCGCCCCUCUCCCACUUGGCCCUGGGGCUGAUGGGCGAGGGCAAAAUGUGGUCGCCCAAGAGCGGCUGGGCCGACGCCAAAUACGUCCUGGAGGCCCACGGGUUGAAGCCGAUAUCGCUGAAGCCCAAAGAGGGCCUGGCUCUGAUCAACGGCACCCAGAUGAUCACCUCGCUGGGGGCCGAGGCCGUGGAGCGAGCUCAGGCCGUCGCUCGCCAGGCGGACAUCAUCGCCGCGCUCACCCUGGAGGUUCUGAAGGGAACCACCAAAGCCUUCGACAGUGACAUCCACUCGCUGAGGCCUCACCCGGGACAAAUAGAGGUGGCCCAGCGCUUCCGCUCGCUGCUGGACUCUGAUCACCACCCAUCCCAAAUUGCAGAGAGCCACCGCUUCUGUGACAGAGUUCAGGAUGCCUACACCAUGCGUUGCUGUCCUCAGGUCCACGGCAUUGCCAACGACACCAUCAAAUUUGUCCUGAACAUCAUCAACACGGAAAUCAACAGUGCCACAGACAACCCUAUGGUGUUUGCCGAAAGAGGUGAGACUAUUUCAGGUGGGAAUUUUCACGGAGAGUAUCCGGCAAAGGCUCUGGACUUUCUGGCCAUCGCAGUGCACGAACUGGCCUCGAUAAGUGAAAGGAGGAUCGAGAGGUUGUGCAACCCGUCGCUGAGCGAGCUGCCGGCGUUCCUCGUCAACGAGGGGGGCCUCAAUUCGGGCUUCAUGAUCGCUCACUGCACUGCGGCUGCUUUGGUUUCAGAGAAUAAGGUUUUGUGCCAUCCAUCCUCCGUGGACUCCUUGUCCACCAGUGCCGCCACCGAGGACCACGUGUCCAUGGGCGGGUGGGCUGCCAGGAAGGCUCUGAGAGUGGUGGAGCACGUGGAGCAAGUUCUGGCCAUCGAGCUGUUGGCAGCCUGUCAGGGCAUCGAGUUCCUCCGCCCGCUGCGGACCACCACGCCGCUGGAGAAGGUCUACGACCUGGUGCGCAGUGUGGUCAAGCCGUGGAUUAAGGACAGGUUCAUGUCGCCGGACAUCGAGGCGGUGCAUCGUCUCCUGCUCGACCAGAAGGUGUGGACUGUGGCAAAGCCUUACAUCGAUAAAUACCAAACGGAGUACAUCCCCGAAUCCCGUCCCGUCUCUCCGACCGCCUUCUCUCUGGAGUCGCCGCCGUCGCCGAGGAAGCGCUGUCGCCACGACUGAAGCCGCGCCCACACCGACCGUCAUCGG